AUGGACUCCAAUGCCCAGCAAGACUCGCCGCUCUCAACUACAUCCAACAUUGUCGGCAUUUUGACCUUUGUCGUUGCCAUUUCAGCAGCAAUAUACGCGCGUCUCAACUAUCUCCGCAACAGCGAUGAAGAAUACUUCCGAGUCAAGACCUCGCUGUCGUGGUACAAAACUGAGUCUACGUGGCUCAGCGACCUUUUGAGAACAUUGGGGGUCCAGUACGCACAUGACGGUGGUGCUCAUAGCCGCCAAAGGGAAUAUCAGAUGUACACCUUUGUCAUGGAGGAUCUGAUUAACCUAGAGCAACGGCUAUUGGACCUUGUGACAGAAGUCGAGUCCAAGGCCAGCACACCGCGAGGACCAGGCAAUCGAGAUGAUCGGUGGACACUAGUGCCGAGCUGGCAGCGAAGCACCCCCUCUGUCGGCAUGGCCUGGAUGUCGGUGCGGACCAAGGCGCUGGAGCUCCUGCGGCAGCGGGAGGCAUUGACUGCAAGAGUGCAGUUUCUUCAGAUGAGCAUGAUUUCGUCUCGUCUGAGUGACCUGGAGGCGAGGACGAAGUGGGGAGAAUUCAAGGCAGAUGAGAAUUCAAGAAAGAUGGAUGGAGUAGUCGAAAGUCGGAAGGGCGAGUACAACCGUCUGGAAACCCUAGUGCAACAACUUCUCGUCCAUGGUCGGGAUGCUGUCCGGUUGGAUAGCCCUGAAUCUGACCACGAAUCCGUACGCAGGAAACCGCCGUGUAUCUGUAGUAGCACUAGAUGA